AUGGCAGCCGCAAACAGUCCGUACAGUUCAACAGAAGAGACAACGAAUGCUAACAGGGCUUGUCGUCUUCUGCUUGGACCCUGUACCGAUCAAUUAAGAGAUGUUCUUCGCAAAGAGGUUCCACCUUCCACAUUUGCCACGGAAAUUAUGAAGCAAAAGCAUAAUCUACCAAGAUUAACUCUACAACAGAGAAACAUCAUUUUGCCUCAAAAUGGGUCAUAUUCUGGAACUUAUGAUGACUAUGAUAUUUCACUGUUGUACAUUCUUUUACGGAAUAUAUGUAACAUCACACCCCAUAAAAAGGGUUGGGGUAAUAUACCGGAUGUAAGUGAUGCAUGUCUUUCUGCAAAUAUCGAAAGGAUACGAGAGGCGCGAAACAGCACUGUCCAUUCUGCAAAACCUUCCCUUUCAAUAACCGAAUUUAACGAUAUAUGGACAUACGUUCGAGCUGCGGUAGUAGCAAUUGAUGCAUACCUUUCUAAUGGACGUCUCUAUGAGAGGAAUGUUGACAUUUUGAGAAAAGAAACAAUGGAUCCUGUCCAAGACAAAUAUUAUAGAGAUCAACUCACCAAACAAUAUGCUGAUGAUCAAGAAUGCAUUCGAAAACUCGAUGAUCACCACAAACGAACAUUACAAUCUUGGGAGAAGGACGUCUUUUAUGAAACGUCUUAUUUUAAAGACGUAAAAGACUUUUUUAUUGCCCACCAAACUGUUGUUGUGGUUGGAUCUCCCGGGUCCGGAAAAACUGCUUUGAUCCGCCACAUCGCUUUACAGCUGGAGGCCCAAUAUCAGAUUGUUCCAAUCUCCAAACCUGAGGACAUCAUCACAUAUGGUGACAUCAAAAUAUCUCAAAUAUUUAUCAUUGAUGAUGUUUUAGGCGUGUUUACUUUAGAGAGAAAUUUGUUGUCAGAUUUAGAAAGACACAGCAUGCAAAUUGAAAGCGUUCUGGAUGUAAAAACAAGGAAAUCAAAAUUAUUAAUGUCAUGCAGAUUAGCAGUUUAUAACGAGGCAAAGGAAUUAGAUGUAGCGUUUUUUGAGGAAAAUAAUAUCCUCAGUUUGGAUAUUGUAGCUCAUCAUUAUGGAAAACAGUUUCCAGAUCAGAUCUUGGAGUAUAUGAAUAGUACUUUUACUGCAAACAAAGUUGUUUUAGGCAACACAGAAACUGGAAACGACCUCUGUAUCAAACUUAACAAGUCGCAAUAUGAAAAUCUUGCAAGAAGAUUGUACGUCGAUGUAAAAGAGGGGAAAUUACACGAUGUCUUUUUAAAUAGAGCCUUACUGGAUUCCAUUCUCAAAAAGCAGUUCAUGAAAAUAUUGAAAAAACUACCAUAUGAGGAAGUCCGUUCUUCUUUUUUAUUACCCAAAGAAGAAUGUUUUGAAAGUAUUAUUCUUGACUCAAAGAAACAUAGUGAAAACGAGAAUGACGAAACAAUGACACAGAGAGAGUCUGAAAGGCAGAACCUUCUUCUGGGCCUGAAAUGCAUUGAACAGCAGAAAAUUUAUGAAAUACGUGCCAUCAGUUUUAUAAUUUAUUACGGUCAUUUUGAUUUACUGAAAUAUUUCGUUCAAUUGGUGGUUAAGCAUCAUGAAGUCACAGACAUUGUUUUUGGGUGUACACAGGAAGAACACGUGAGAUUACUUGUUUUGGCAUGUUAUAAUGGGAAUUUAGACAUGGUAAAAUUCUUAAUAGAAAAUAUUGGGGAAGGAAAUAUUAAUAGAAUGCCUGUGGAAGAAGUUUAUCAAUCACACAAUCGACAUAGAUACAUAACACCGGUGAUUGCUGCUUGCUUGAAACUGAAACUUAAAGUUAUAAAAUAUUUAGUUAAUAAUGGAGCAGAUUUGAAUGCCAAGAAUUGUUUGUACCCUGCUUUGUGGACACCAGCUAGAAUUGGGGACCUCAAAUCACUUAUAACAUUAAUUGAAUUAGGUGCCAACUGUAAAAAUUGCAGCAAAAGAGAAAUUUCUCCCCUAUAUCUUAGGUCUCGAUUUGGUCAUGUUGAUGUCGUUGAAAAACUAAUUGAAUACAGUGCUGACAUCAACAAGUGUGAACUUCAUGGUCGAUCACCUUUGUUUAUAGCAUCAUCAAAAGGUCAUCUUCCUGUUGUAGAAAAACUAACACAGCAAAGCGCAGAGAUCGACAAAUGUGAUAUUCACGGACAGUCACCUCUACAUCUAGCAUCACAAAAAAGUCACUUACCCGUGGUAGAGACAUUAAUUCAGUACGGCGCUGAAUGUGAUCUAUGCGAUAAAAAUAAGAUAACACCUCUGCAUAGAGCAUCAUUGAAAGGUCAUAGUUUUAUUGUAAAAAAAUUAAUGAAACACGGUGCAAAUAUUAAAAAGUGUGAAAAUCAUGGUCUAUCACCUCUGUCCUUGGCGUCAUGGAAGGGCCAUCAUCUUGUUGUAGAAAUACUUAUUGAGCAAGGUGCAGAUAUAAACUCGUGUGAUAUUUAUGGUCAGUCAUCACUUUUUCUAGCGUCUUCUGAGGGUCACAUUCCUACUGUUUACAAACUUAUUGAACGUGGUGCCGACAUAAAUAAGUGCAAUACCGAAGGUCAAACACCUCUACAUAUAGCUUCAUCAAAAGGGUAUCUUCCUGUUGUAGAAAAACUUAUUGAGGUUGGUGCAGAGAUUGACGAAUAUGAUAUUCAUGGUCAGUCAUCACUUUUUUUAGCGUCCUCUGAUGGGCAUUUUCCUGUUGUUGACACAUUUAUUAAAAAAGGCGCCGACAUUAAUAAGUGCAAUACUGAUGAACAAACACCUCUCCAUAUAGCCUCAUCAAAAGGGCAUCAUUCUGUUGUGGAGAAACUCAUUGAACGCAGUGCAGACAUCAAUAAGUGUGAUAAAAACGGUCAGUCAUCUCUUCAUCUAGCGUCACAGAAUGGUCACUUACUCGUGGUAGAGACAUUACUUCAGCACGGUGCUGAAUAUGAUCUAUGUGAAAAAAAUGAUUUAACACCCUUGCAUAGAGCGUCAUUGAAUGGAUAUGCCACUAUUGUAGAAACAUUAUUGAAAAAUGGUGCCAACAUCAACAAGGUUAACAUAUACUCACAAUCAUCUAUGUUCUUUGCAUCACUAAAAGGCCAUCUUCCUGUUGUAGAAAAACUUAUUGAAAAUUGUGCCGCCAUAAACAUAUGUGAUAUUCAUGGUCAAUCAUCUCUUCAUGUAGCCUCAAGGCAUGGUCAUUUGUCAGUUGUGGAAACAUUAAUUUUGCAUGCUGCUUGCUAUGUUGAUGAUGUAAAUAAUAUGACACCUUUACAUAAUGCGUCACUAGAAGGCCAUGCCUCCGUUGUUGAAGAAUUAAUUAACUAUGGUGUCGACAUCAACAAGCGUGAUAGACAUGGAAGGGUAGCCCUUCAUUUAGCAUCAUCUAAAAGCCAUCUUCUUGUUGUAGAAUCACUUAUUGAGAAUGGUGCCGACAUCAACAUGUGUGAUUUUCACGGUCAGACAUCACUGCAUUUAGCAUCACAAAGUGGUCAUUCUGUUGUGGUAAAAACAUUAAUUCGGAACGGGGCUGAAUGUAAUUGCUUUGAUAAAAACAAACUCACACCUCUUCAUAAAGCGUCCUUAAAAGGCAAUUCUCGUGUUGUAGAAGAACUUCUGGCACAUGGUUCUGAUAUCAAUAUGGUUGAUAUGAAUGGCCAAUCAUCCCUAUACUUAGCAUCAACAAAUGGCAACCUUACUGUUGUAGAAAUACUUAUUCAGCAAGGUGCCGACAUCAACAAAUGUGAUACUAGUGGCCAAUCUCCUUUACAUCUUGCGUCGUCAAAAGGACAUCUUUCUGUUGUAGAAAUACUUAUUCAGCAAGGUGCCGACAUCAACAAAUGUGAUACUAAUGGCCAAUCUCCUUUACAUCUUGCGUCGUCAAAAGGACAUCUUCCAGUUGUAGAAAUACUUAUUCAGCAAGGUGCUGACAUCAACAAAUGUGAUACUAAUGGCCAAUCUCCUUUACAUCUUGCGUCGUCAAAAGGACAUCUUCCAGUUGUAGAAAUACUUAUUCAGCAAGGUGCCGACAUCAACAAAUGUGAUACUAAUGGCCAAUCUCCUUUACAUUUUGCUUCAUUAGAGGGACAUCUUAUGCAGACUAAAUUGUAG